CGUUGAAUUUUAAUAAGCCUCUACAACCUUACACGAAGGUGUGGUUUAUCUGUCUGAACAGACGAACUAAAAAGAAUCUUGGAAUAUUUAGCAUCUACUGGAUAUUUUUCGUUUCUUCGAUCUUCCUUCGUUUAGGGAAUAACAAGAUGGCUGCAAUAAGAAAAAAGUUGGUAAUAGUGGGAGAUGGUGCUUGUGGUAAAACAUGUUUGCUCAUUGUGUUCUCCAAGGACCAAUUCCCUGAGGUAUAUGUGCCAACUGUGUUUGAGAAUUAUGUUGCCGACAUCGAAGUUGAUGGCAAGACUGUAGAGCUGGCUUUGUGGGAUACAGCUGGACAAGAAGAUUAUGAUCGCCUUCGUCCACUGUCGUACCCCGAUACAGAUGUUAUCCUCAUGUGUUUUUCCAUAGAUAGUCCUGAUAGUUUAGAAAAUAUUCCAGAAAAAUGGACUCCCGAAGUGAAACACUUUUGCCCCAAUGUGCCCAUAAUUUUAGUUGGUAACAAGAAAGAUCUUCGUAAUGACGAGGGUACCAAACGUGAGCUCGCAAAGAUGAAACAGGAGCCGGUGAAAAGUGAUGAUGGCCGAAAUAUGGCAGAACGCAUUAAUGCAUUUGCGUACCUAGAGUGCUCUGCCAAAACCAAGGAUGGCGUUCGGGAAGUGUUUGAGACCGCAACCCGGGCAGCUCUUCAAGUAAAAAAGAAGAAGAGAAAGGGUUGUAUGAUCCUCUGAGCAAAUGCUCAACACUAUUAAAGGACAAUCGGACACUCUACUUCCUUGAUACUUUUUCCAUCUUACAGAUUUCUGUGAACACAAUUGAAAUGUGUCGCAUCACUUAUAAUGAGCGUGGUGUCUUUUUGUACAAAUUUAAUGAGUUAAUUACAUGAGUAUUUGUUUAUAGGCGACUGCAAUCUCCGGUGUUGUUGUUGUUGUGUUGAUUUAGGCAUUCAUUAAAACAUGACAGCUUCAGUAUGGUUGGUAGAAAUCUGGCAAAUAUGAUUGUUUUUGACACAUUUAGCUGAAAUCAUAUUUUUCAUGAACUUUGUCGCUAUAAUUUAUCAAAUCUUUGGGAUUUUUAAUGCUGAUUGUCACGUGUAGUUAGUGCAAUAGGUUUCAUAUGAUUAAGUGUUGUAUUAUCAAAAGUAUUUACUUGAUGUCAUAAUUUUUCAUGGCACAAUUAAAAAUAUAUUUCAUUCAAACA